CUCCCACUUGAAGCUGUCCAAUCCACGCCUCCCUAAUGCUGCGAGGGGCGCUCGCUGCCUUGGCUCUGGGCUGGACAGCCGCCUGGCUUUGGGGUCGCGGGUUCGAUCCCCUCUCGUGGCAGUGGCCGAACCGUGCUGCUGAGCUGGUCCUGAGCGCCGACGAUCUGAGCCGCUACACUGGGGCGGAGGAGAGCGCUGGGCUUUACCUGGCUGUGCUGGGGCAGGUCUUUGAUGUGCAACGAGGACGCAAGCAUUAUGGGCCAGGGGGCGCUUACAGCUUCUUUUCAGGAAAAGAUGCCUCUAGAGCUUUUGCGUCAGGCGAUUUCACCCCAGCAGGACUGGUGGAUGACAUUUCGGGACUAUCGCCGUUACAGAUGCUGGCCAUCCAGAACUGGCUCUCCUUCUACAGCAAGAAUUAUGUGCUUAUUGGCAAAGUGGCUGGGAGGUUCUAUGAUGAGGAUGGUUCGCCCACUGAGGCUCUAGCGCAGGCCCAAGCUCUCAUCGAGGAAGGGCAGCGGUUGCAGACCAGGGAGAACGAAAGAAAAAAGCGGUUUCCGCCGUGUAAUUCGGAAUGGAGCUCGACCGGGGGAAGUCGGGUCUGGUGUUCAAAGCAGAGCGGUGGAGUUAACAGAGACUGGAACGGAGUCCCGAGGAAGCUGUACGAGCCUGGAUCCAGUCACAGCCAGUGCGUCUGCGUGAAUACAGAGGGGUUGCCUUCUGAGCAGUCACAGUCCACCCAGAUGAGUGACAGAGGUGACUUGGACAACCCUAACCUGCGAGAGUAUGAAGGGUGUCACCCGCUGGCUGACUGGUGUGCUUUAAAAGACUGAGCCAUCUCUCUCUCUCCUUUCUCUCACACA